CUAAUAUUACAUAAUUAUGGCCUCGUUUAAGGAAAUAGUGUAUGUUGGUGUCACAACUAUUAUGUUGUUGGUUGCUUCAACUUCAGCCGUUGAUUACGUUGUUGGUGAUGAUUCAGGCUGGACUAUUAACUUCGAUUACCAAGCUUGGGCUCAGGAUAAGUCUUUUCGUGUUGGUGACAGACUAGUAUUUACGUAUCCAGCAGGAGUUCAUAAUGUGUUCAAAGUAAAUGGGGCAGACUUCAGACAAUGCACAGCACCAGUUGGAGCAGUGCCGUUAACGAGCGGAAACGACGUGGUGGCAUUAGAAAGUCGAGGGAAAAAAUGGUACUUGUGUGGUGUUGCUCAACACUGUGCAGUAGGAAACCAAAAGCUUGGCAUUGUUGUGGCUCCCAAUCCAUGGUCUCCCUUACCUUCCCCAUCUCCAGCUCCUUCACCACUUCUUAGUGAUGAUGUAUCUGAUCAAAACCAAGACUAA